UCAGUGUCUGAUUAAAUUUCAGUUACGAAGAUAUAAUUCCCCUGUUCUAUCAGGAACUAAUAAAAACCCAUCAUUGAACAUCAAUUGGGUUUUUUAUAUUAUGCUCACUCCAAUAAUUUGUUUUAGUAAUGAAUGAUGAUACCCGUUUACAUGCAGAUGAGAAUUGUAAUUUUAUUUCUUGUCCAGGGAUUAUGUCAGAGUAUGAAUAAUAUUGGUUAACCUGAGUUAGAUUCAUGCUGUGUAUGUUAAAUCUGGAGUGUGAUGGUGCUGAUAUAUAUGUUCAAACUCAGUUAUAAACUUGCAAUCCCCAUUUUCUAUCAAGAAAAUGCAAAAAAUAAUUAGUGAGUUGUGUUGUGCCAUCUGAAGCAUGGGUACUUCUAAAAUUAUGCCGUACAGAUAUGUACCGGUUGAAUUGUGAGAUGGGGUCCUACUGUGCUGCCAGAAGUACUAACCGUCAAGCUUCAUUCAGUGGCAACAUGCAUGAAUAUGCCACAAGAGCUUUUGCAACAACAUCUUGUGCUUCAUUGUCUGAAGAUCAACCAAAGGAUAACUCUGUCUCUGAUAUGUUAGUAGAUUCAUUUGGAAGGCUUCACACUUACUUGAGAAUAUCUUUAACAGAGAGGUGCAAUUUAAGGUGUCAGUAUUGUAUGCCAGCAGAUGGUGUGGAACUCACUCCUAGUCCUCAACUUUUAACAAAGACUGAGAUUCUGCGAUGCGCAAAUCUGUUUGUAAGCUCUGGAGUAAACAAAAUACGUUUGACCGGUGGGGAACCAACUAUUAGAAAAGAUAUUGAAGACAUAUGUUUGGAACUGUCGACCUUGAAGGGACUGAAGACAUUGUCAAUGACUACCAAUGGUAUUGCCCUGGCAAGAAAACUUCCAAAGCUGAAAGAAUGUGGGCUUAAUUCUGUAAACAUUAGUUUAGACACUCUAGUACCAGCAAAGUUUGAGUUUAUGACAAGACGCAAAGGGCAUGAAAAAGUAAUGGAUUCAAUUAAUGCAGCCAUAGACCUUGGAUUUAAUCCAGUUAAGGUCAAUUGUGUUGUAAUGCGUGGAUUUAAUGAUGAUGAAAUCUGUGACUUUGUUGAGUUGACGCGUGAAAAGCCAAUUGAUAUUCGGUUUAUAGAGUUCAUGCCCUUUGAUGGAAAUGUUUGGAAUGUCAAGAAACUUGUACCCUACUCAGAAAUGUUGGAUACAGUGAUGAAACAGUUUACAAGCUUAAAAAGAGUUCAGGAUCACCCUACAGAUACAGCCAAGAAUUUCACAAUAGAUGGGCAUGCAGGUAGAAUUUCAUUUAUCACAUCGAUGACUGAGCAUUUUUGUGCUGGUUGCAAUAGAUUGCGACUACUAGCUGAUGGAAACUUUAAAGUCUGUUUAUUUGGUCCUUCAGAGAUUAGCUUAAGAGAUCCCCUGAGACGUGGUGCAGAGGAUGAUGAACUUAGAGAGAUAAUAGCGGCAGCAGUGAAGAGGAAGAAAGCUUCACAUGCUGGUAUGUUCGACAUAGCAAAGACUGCAAAUAGGCCUAUGAUACAUAUUGGUGGAUAAGGUAUCAUACAUUGGAAAAAUUGCUUAUAUAUCAGGCAACCAGAGCAGCCCCAGCCAGAAGCACCCUGAAUUGAGUGUUGGAUGAGAGCCUGAGAUCUUCUUUGAUAGUCAAUUUUACUCUUUGUUGAGUGGUGCAAUUUUUUCAGUUGUACCUAGGCAUAUAUUUUGCUAAAUGUUUGUGUCUAUUGGAUACACUACAUCACUUGAACUCAGUUGCAGUAUCAGCCACUAAUGCAAAUUUGGACUUAGGUUUUCAGAUCUUUUGUAAUUCUUUCUCUACUGGUUUAUAUUUUUAGACAAUGUGUUAAUCCUUUCUCCAUUGGUAGUUUGUU